CCGCCCCGCUCAGCCUAUGCACAGAGCGAUGCGGAAAGGAGGGCUCAUGGGAUUGGUAGUUCCUUGAGCGCGCGGCCCGCCGCCAGCCGCCGCUCGGAGGACUACGCCUCCCAGAACUCCCCUCUCUUCCGCGUGCCGCGAGGGCCCCGCGGCGCGGCGGACCCUGGCUGCGGCAGGGCGACGCCGGGCGCGGGUAGCCAAUGGGCUGCGAGCGCUAGGGGGGCGGCGGGGGGCACUCUGGGAGUGGCGGUUGUUUCAAGAUGGCGGAGGUACAGCAUAGUUCCAUCCAAUCUGCGAGGAAUAUCUGCAAAAGGAAACUUAAGAACAAGAUAUUUGCCAAAAUAUCAAAAAAGUGAAACUAAGCUAAUGGUGCCUGUAGCUGCUACUUCUGUUUCUAUGGAUCCUGUUAAAAGCACUGGAGAUAUGACAGCGCAGCAGGUCACUAAUGAAGGAGGAAUGAAGAGUGCUUCUUUAAAGGAUUUAUGUCCUGAGGACAAGAGACGCAUUGCAAACUUAAUUAAAGAACUUGCCAGGGCCUUUGUUUCCUCUCAAAUUCUUUUCAGGGUAAGUGAAGAAAAGGAGGUGACAGAAGAACGGCUGAAAGCUGAGCAGGAAUCAUUUGAGAAGAAGAUCAGACAGCUAGAGGAACAGAAUGAACUUAUCAUCAAGGAAAGGGAAGCUCUGCAGCAACAGUACAGAGAAUGCCAGGAACUUUUGAGCCUUUAUCAGAAGUACCUAGCUGAGCAGCAGGAAAAACUAUCACUCUCCCUCUCUGAACUCAGUGCUGCCAAGGAGAAGGAGCAGAAGGUAUCCUGUAAGAAGAGCUUAUGCCAACAACUGUCUUUGGAACUAGAUGGUUCCUACUUAGGUACAAGAGGACCACAAACUUUGUAUAAGAACAGUAGUGCAUCAAAGGCUGGAAGCCCAGGCCGUGUUGCGUUGUCCCAGCUUUGCAGAAAUAAUCGUGAUUAUGGGACUGAAAUCCAUCACAACUAUCAGGAGUGUCUGAAGGAAUGUCCAGUGGAAAAUGGCUUGCACAAAAAAUGUAACAAUAUGAUUUCCUCGAGCAAGCAAAGGAGCCCUCACUGUGUAAAACCGGCUCAGCAGAUGGAACAGAAAGGAAACAAAUUGCAGAGUAUGUGCCCUCAGCAAAUGAGUCACUGUUGUGCCUUUAGGCAUGUAGGAAGCCCAGGUAGCAUGCAAGAGAGCCACCACGUCAGCCGGGUACUUAGAAGACAUUCUGGACCAGUUCACGAAAUCUGUGAUUAUUCUAGGCUCUCUCGAGUUUCUGGGCUAAGUGACAGCGUGGAUGCUGGGUCUGAAGAAACAGAGGAAGCUAAAAGGCUAUCUGAAGAAAGAAGGCAGCAGCUUCUUCUGCAGAAAAUGGAGCUGGAAAUUGAGAAGGAGCGUCUCCAACAUUUGUUGGCUAAGCAAGAAGCAAAACUACUUCUAAAGCAACAGCAACUACACCAGUCCCGUAUGGAUUAUAACAGGUUGAGAGGCCAAGUACCUAGUUCAGAAGAUGUGCCCAUUGGUGAAGCACCAGGAGAACUUGGUCUGAUGAUGAACGGCACCGACAUGGGACUAAGCUUACCGGUGUUGAAAUGUGAAGAUUACUUUCCCAGAACACCACCAGCGAGCAAAGCCUCCAAACCACCGGGGAGCAGUGGCGGGAGCAGUUCGGGGAAGAAAACGGUUGGUUUUAGUGCAAAUGUGGAAGAUGGGCAAGCCCUUCUGAUGCAGGCCAAGAGGGAAGGCAGCAGGUCAAGGAAAGGGACAAUUUCAGGGCCUAGAAAGGAUGCAGCCACCUCUCCUGUGCUGAUAGACAGCAGUAAAGAGCUUGUAACCACAGCCACAUCGCCAGUCCAGCAUGACACUUCACGGUAUGAAGCCUCUCUUCUUGACCUGGUUGAAGCUAUGAGUCCCAUAUCCGCCCCAGGACACCUCUACAGAGAAUCCCAUGACAGGAGCAAAAUGCACACAGCUCGUCAUCCAAGUCACAGGCCGUGGGCUUGGUACCAGGCCCCUCGGAGUUCCAGAAGCAGAGCAGAUGAGCUAGAGGAGAGCCGGCUCCUUGAAGAGAUUUUCUUCAUUUGACAAGGCUUAUUGGUCUACAGCCCUCGUGUAGAAUUUUUAGAACUUUUUUAUUUCUGAUUUGUUUGUGUCAAAGUAUCAUUUUUAAAUUAUUUGCUUGACGAUUGUCUUCCCUCCUCCAGAACAUAGCUGCUUAGCAUUCUGUUUCAUUUUGGAUUUAGCAAUCAUGUUGCAGGAAGAUUUUUGGGAUAGACCAGUCAGGAAAUGUUAGCAUUGUUUUGUAAGCCUUUCGCAUACCAAGUAAUCAUUCCAAAAUAGAAUUUUUUUAAUGCACAAUGUUUUCUAAUAGAUUGAAGUCACAGUUUAGCCAGCCUCAUAUGGAAAGUUUAUUUCAUUAUUGAUUUUUAGCUCUGAAGCAGUUUGCAAGAACUGCCUAACACUCAAGAACCACCACAUUCCAAGUAGAUUAUUUUCUAAUUAAACAACAGCCUGUUUAAAACCUGGUGUAUUAUAAAGGUACAAGCACUUUACUACUUUUCCCAGUGAUUCUAUGAUCUACUUUUGCCUUCAGCAUUCUGAUAUUUACUGUGCUGGGAUUUUAGGGAGUAUAUCCUAAGCUCAACUAUACAGUGUUUAAUAACAUUAGUAGAUGAUGUUGCAGGUUUAUGCACUAGAUAUCCAUUUGAAAUAUAUUCCUCCUUAAAUCAGUGCUAUUUGACAUGGUUUACAUGUUGGGAAACCUAACCCUGGAAUAGCAGAACACAGUCAGAUGUUGUAGUUGUCCAAAACUUAGUUUAUGUACUUUUCAAGAUGAAAUAUAUGGUAGUUGUAGGAUAAGAACAGUCUUCAGACGUUUUCCCUGACUUGCACUAUUUUGAUCCUGUAUCCAGGCUCUAUUGUAAAUAAGACAAAUCAGUAAUUAUUUCCACUAGCGUCUCGCAAUGCACGUUUCCCUGCCGGCUUUAAUUAUUCAUGCCGUAUCUAUUUCAGUUUAUUUAAAUGCACUUCCAUCUACUGCAUGCACUUGGUUAUUUAAAGAAAUGUGCAGAAUUGGUAAAAAUGACUGCAGAUUACAGGAUUAACGGUCAUUUUCUCCACAAUGCAGUGUUCAUAUUUUAUUGUAACAGUAGCCACCAGCAUGUGUUCCUAGAAAUAUGAGGCUAAAAUACUCAUUUUGCACAGUAAAAUUGCAGCGAGGGAAAGGUAGAAUUGUGGCAGUAUGGGCAAGUUCUAGGCCAUUUGCUCCCAAACACCACUUUGUGGGCCAGUACAGCUUUUGUGACAGUCUCUUCAGGCAACCCUGCUUAUCUUAAUGGCAAUGAGUCUCUGUAGUGAUCCUUGGGGAAUUGCUGCUGCCUGCCUGCCUCCCACUCAUUUGCUCUUGUGCAGUAGCUCUCAUGAAGUACUCCCGUGCUUUGCAAGGAGCUCGCAGGACUUGGCAGUGGGGCCCACAAUGUCUCUCUGAUGGGAGCAUGCACAAUACAGUUUAUAAAACUUACACCCCUAGCAGCACAGUGCUUUUAUAGCAAUGAAAUAAAGGGAGAAUGAAGGGAGAGAUGAACCUUAAGUUAUUCUGAGCUGUUUGAUUCAGAUCUAGUCUUAAUCACAAAUUAGGUGAUAUCCUUUUCUUGCAUCCCAGCCGAAUUUUAAAAGCUGCCUGAAGGAGUUUGAAGGGGAGAACCAGUGUUGCUGGACCAGAAGAUGACUGCUGUGGAAAGGCCCUGCUUGGCCUUUCUGGCUGUCUGUAAAGUUAUAGUUCUUUCUAAUAUGCUCAUCUGCUGCUGAAUGUCCCUCUUGUUCUACUCCCUGAGCCUCCUAGGACACAAGUUUCUGGUUAAAAUUCCAAAGACAGUAGGUGCCCUGUCCAAGUACAGUAGUUGGAGAAAUAGGUUUUCUUACUCAGUGUGUUCCUGUUGGCUGAGUCUUGGGAAUCAAGGUGAACAUAUUCUCCUUCUUUAAGAGGACAGGGAAAGGGAGAAAGAAGGAAGAGGAAAAUUCACAAGGAGCAACAGGAGAACCAUGAAGAAAUGACCAGCACGUAGGUUUCAGAGGUUUUUUUAUUCUUUUUUUUUUUAAGGUUUGGCAUUUGUAAAGAAAUAAUUCGCCAAUUUCAGUCCAGUCGCUUUUCUUCUCUUUUCCAGUUUGACUGCAACUUUAAUUGCCUUUUUAAUAAGUACUAACUGACCUUUUAAAACAGUAAAAAAAUAUAUAUAUAGCUCUUAAAAAGGUGCCUUCGUGUACACAUUCCAGAACACUGCAUGGGAGCAUUAUGUUCUUUGGUUCUUUGUGGGUGCCAGUGUUUAACUACUGUAGGAUUCUUUAUGAUCCGUUUUGUCCGUUAACUAUUCUAAUUCUGAUGGUGACUUUUGACUUGAAUCUGUAUUUUAGUAGUAACCCUUUCUAAUAGGGACAUUGUCAAGAUUGUGGGUUCUACAGUCCAGGUGCUGUCCAUCAGCCAGAGCUACAUGGGAGACAUAUCUUUAUGUCGUAGCCAAGAAUUCUAGAAUUCAGCUGGUUGAAAUAUCUGAUGGGUGAAGACCUUCAUGUUUUAACUAUCUCUGAGAUGUGAACUAAGAAACAAGAGCUAUUAAUUUGGUAGACUCUGUGAAAAUUCAUUUUUUAUAAUACAGGCUCUUGCUCUGGUUAUCAGCAGUACAUUAGGAAUAGUGUUUAGCAGUCUGUGCAAGCAAAGAUAUUUUGCCAUGAGGCACUACAAAGUUGAAGUUAUUAAAACAUUUAUAGCCUUAGAAAAAAAAAUCAAUGAUUGUCAAAUAGGAAAGGACAAAAUCAGUAGUUGGAACUGAGAGGGGAAUUGUUUUCCAUCUGCUAAAACAUUAGAGGAAAUGCAAAAAUUAAACUACCAAAAGCAAUCACUUGACAGUGUCCUUUUAAGUUUAAGCUCCUAUAUUAGGAAGCUGCCGCUGGGGAGUUAGUCCAGCCAUAGAUUGUUUGUCCAGAGUGUUCCCAGUUAAUAUGCUUCAGCUGCACAUCAGACUGUGUUUUAUAUGAGGCUGUGUGGAGUAACAUGACUUCUGCUAAAGGCUGCUACCCAUAUCUUCACUUUGCAUCCUUCCUGAAUGGCUUGUGUCCACACACUUGCCAUGUUUGUGUAGUCAUCUCUUUUGUGCACCUUGCACGCAGUGGACCUGUAACAAUCGCACUCUUUCCACUUUUAGCCUCUCCACUCCCACUGUUAAAUCUCAUCUUAAACCCAAACAUAUAUGUGUGUGAGGUUUUAAUGUAAUAAAUUAUCUGGGAGUUUCACUUUAUCUUCCAGACCUUCAUUUAUUUGAA